ACUCUCCAAUUCCCAGCCACCAGCAAUAUCAUCACCACUCGUUCGUUGUGAAGAAAAACCAGAUCUGAGAAAUUCGGGAGGCAGGCUUUCGUUGCAAAAGUGGAUUUUGGCUAGCUACGAUCUCUAUCCUCCCCCAGUUUCCCUUUCCCUCUUUCUCCCCUCCCCAUUCCUUGUAUUCAGCUUUGCCUCUAUUUGGCCUUAAUUCGUUUAACACCAUCCCCAUCUUGGGGUAUAGCUUAUCGGAUCUUUAAUUCAACUAUCUGACGAAUCUUAUACCCCGUCCAGGUCUCGUGAGUACCGCAACGCAAAGCGGGCAUACAUUCAUUCGCCAGUAUCCCUCGUGUCUCCUGGUCCACAUUCCAUACCGACUUAACAUUCUUCGCCCACCAUCCGGUCAUUGGAUUCCCAGCCGAGAGAGACAGUGGGGAUUAUCGCACGGCAGAGCAGCAUAUUCUGGUCCCAGGAGUGACGGACCAGGUACUUGACAUAGUGAGCAACGCAGCGCACUUCAGACGCUCCUUCUCGGGGUACCGAGAAGCGAGCCAUACGAGCCACAUCGCGAGGAGGUAGAUUGAUCAAGACUUAAUUGAUCAAGAUGGCGUCCAAGUUUGGUGCCAAGAUGGCCCGGUUCAUCCCGAUGAUCGGUUACCACCACGUGCUGAUGAUUAUCAUUGCCGUUGCUAUAAUUCUUCUCUCCCUCUUAUUGGCCGGAUGCUCAUCGUCCUCCCCGCAAAUCCCCAGCAUAUUCUUGAUCUCCCUCUACUACAAACGCUACGACCCAGUUUUUAAUCUUGCCCAGGUGGACCCUGGCGUGGUGCAAGCAACAGCAAACAUUGUUGGAGGAGCGGAGAUGGAAGUCCGCGUGGGUUACUUCGGUAUCUGCGUAUCGCCCUCGGGAGGCGCUUAUAUUUGCAACUCCAAUGCCACGGCCUUGGCCGAGAUCGUCACGGUUGACCAAGACCCAUUGAACUUAAUUUGGGUAGCAUCGACGUUCAAGGAUGCUGUAGUUUUCCCAUACCUCCUAAUCGUUGCGGUUAUUCUCGCUUUCUUCUGCUUCAUCCUCCUGGCUACUUUCCCCGGAUGGCACGAAGAACUUGAUGCAAGCGGUUCCGAACGCGAGGUGAAGCCGUUCCCUUCACGACCCGUGUCCCAGGCAGCGUUGGCUUUGAUUUUCGUGGCAUCUGUGUUCGUUCUGGUCUCAGUACUAUGGCAGCACACAGCAUCUGUCGCCGCAAGCACCAUCGCUCAAGAUAUGGGUAACGGCAGUGUCAAGAGUGGAGUCGGCACCUCGGCGAUGGUUCUCGGUUGGUUUGGAUUUGGCCUAAUGGUGGUAGUGACGAUAGGCUUGCUGGUGAUGAUUCUCAGCAUCAAGCUGAUACGGCAGCUGACGGACGAAGAAUAAUCUACAUGUUAUGCGAGAUAAAUACUCGGCUUUUUCUUUUAUUGUGGCUUUUAUGCUUUUUAUUGCCCAUGUUUUCUUUUUUUCGACCUCACCCUUGACGCACUUUCCGACGGCACGAAUGACACACGAUAAUACGACCUUGAAUUCUGAUCUCACGACGAUAAUGAGCAAAAUCAAUCAACUUCCCCUAUCACACACUCUUCGCAAUACAACUCGCUGUUUGUCUAUCCUCCUUUCAUCGCACUUGUACAUUCGCCCUGUUUGCAUCACGUCGGUUCUUGGUUCUCGUCAUGUAUAAAAGACGAUUCUUCCAUAUUUUAUUUUCUUCUUCUAUUGGGAUGGUAUGGUUGCGGUGGGAUCUGGGAAAUGGAACCUUUCACGUGGAAUACUUCGUUUGGAUUUGUCAACGAUUGAUUGACAGAAUGAAUGGCUUUUGUUUCAUGGUCAUAAUAAGAACGCUCGCAUAUAGAUUGGCUGAUGCUAUCGACAAAAAAUACUACAUUCAUCAUAAGACCUAGUUCAUUGGAUCCAAGUGCCAACAGAGGUCUCAUUGUUCCCGUAUUAAUAAAAGCAUAGGAUCAACGUAGAAAGGCAGAUUAUAUGUCAUGCC